UUUAUUUAUAAAUAAAUGGCAGAAACUCUCCAAGAAGUGCAAGUGAGAGAGAUCAAGGUGUUCACAUCUGAGUUAGUUCUUUAUAAAAAGAUCGUACAACGCAUGAGCAUAUUUGGGAAAUCUACAGAGUGCAUCAACCCUAAACAAAACGAAGAGAUAUCCACAGAGAUUCAUCAGACAUCUGAUCUUGAUCCUAAAUGCUUGAGGAAAGAAAUUUCAAACCUCAGAGGUAAAACACUGUCUGUGCUUUGACUAAAAUGGCAGGUGAUGAGUCUUCAUGAGAAGAUUCAAGAAAGAAAGAGGGUCUACUCCUUACUCCCUUUUGUUAUAAAUGUGCUAACUUUUCAGAACUUUGAUAUCUCACGUAAAGAGUUCAGGGAUAUCAUCUUCAUGGCUCAAAACUGCAAAACAGUAGAGUUUAGAAGUUGAAAGAUAGAUUCUAGUGAAAUUCAGUUCAGAACAGGUGUUUUGUAUAGAAUUCAGGAAUUAAAAUUUAACUUCUGAGGGAGUAAAAGUAACAGUAAUUGGGUGGAAAAUCCUGAUAAGAUUAACUCCAUCAUCAAAGCGAUCUCAGGAUGCUCCCUCAACACCUCACUAAAGUUGUUGAACCUUCAUGGAUUCUGAUUCGAAGGUAGUGAGGCUUAUAAAUUAAUGAUUGAGUAUGACUUAGGCCACAUUAUGGUCUUUGCUGGAAAAUGAUAUAAUAUCAGGCCAAACCCAAGCUCAUUGAAGGAAUCUUUUGAAGAGCCUGAGAGUCAUUUUGAGAACUGUAUUAUUCAGUAA